AUGAAAGUGAUAAAGUUUCCUUGGUUGGCUCAUCGAGAAGAAUCGCGGAAGUAUGAAAUAUACACGGUUGAUGUUAGCCCUGAUGGGAAGAGACUGGCCACUGGAGGAUUGGAUGGUAAGAUUAGGAUAUGGUCUGUGGAUACCAUUUUGCAUUGUAUGAACUUGGAAGCAGCCACUCCUGAGAUACCGCUUCCACAAGAUUUACAGAUGCCAUUAUGCAGUAUUAGUAGGCAUACCGGCUCCAUAACAUGUGUUAAAUUUUCGCCGGAUGGAAAAUACCUAGCUAGUGGUUCUGAUGAUCGAAUCUUGCUGAUUUGGGCUCUUGACGAAGAGCAAGGCUCACAACCUACCUUUGGCUCCGAGCAUGAGAAGGAACAUUGGACAGUUCGUAAGAGAUUGGUUGCACAUGAUAACGAUAUACAGGACAUUUGUUGGGCACCAGAUUCAAGCAUACUAGUGACGGUUGGCUUAGAUAGGUCUGUCAUAAUCUGGAACGGUUCUACCUUCGAAAAAUUAAAGAGAUUUGACGUACAUCAAUCCUUAGUCAAAGGUGUUGUUUUUGAUCCUGCUAAUAAGUACUUCGCUACCACAUCCGAUGAUAGAACCAUGAAGAUAUUUAGGUAUCAUAAGACAGGAGAUGUUUCUUUUACAAUAGAACAUAUAAUUACUGAGCCGUUCAAAGAAUCACCUUUGACAACAUACUUUAGAAGGCCAUCGUGGUCUCCAGACGGACAACACAUCGCGGUUCCCAAUGCUACCAACGGACCAGUUAGUUCUGUGGCAAUUGUAAAUAGGGGAAGUUGGGAUACAAGUGUUAGCCUGAUUGGGCAUGAUGCACCUACAGAAGUUGCAAGGUUUAAUCCUAGGUUGUUUGAGAGAGGUGAUUGUGAUAAAGAAAGAAAGACUGCUAACACAGACAAUGGCCUGGUAGAACAAAAUAAUGAUGAAACUCAUCAAUUUGACAAGAAUAUUGACUCUGUUGUGGCAACCGCCGGACAAGAUAAAUCACUGGCCGUUUGGAGUACCAGCAGGCCUAGGCCCAUAUUUGUUGCAUUCGAUAUUGCAAACAAAUCAAUUACUGAUAUGUCUUGGAAUCCGGAUGGCACCUUAUUAUUUGUUGCCUCAUUGGAUUCUUCAGUCACUUUAUUUCGAUUUGAAAAUAAUGAGUUGGGUAAGCCAAUUCCUCUGGAAAAAAAUAUGGAACAGUUGUAUAGGUAUGGCGUCGACAAGGACUCAUUGGAUUUCCCGGAAAGUAUUAAUCAAUUGUUACUGGAAGAUCAAACCAAAUCGCUCAAAAAGACAAAACUUACAGUGCCAAUACCAUGUGAAGAAACACCUAAGCUUGCGAGCAAUCCAAUUCCAAAUCAAAAAAAUAGCAGAGAUACCCCUGCGUCUAAAAGCGAGCAUAUAAAUAUCUUGAUACCAAAGAGGAGAAAAGACGCUAAACUGAAUAAAGCCAUAACUCUCAAAAGUGGUAAGAAGCGUGUGGCUCCGACACUAAUAUCUACAUCAUCAUCUUCCCCCUUUUCCAAUGCAAUCAAAAACCCUGAAUUGGAUAACAAGAAGAUUGAAAAUAACCUGAGAGCGGCAACCAAGGCAAUCAACAGCAAAAAGUUAUUGUCAAAUGUCCCAGAGGGCAUUGAAAAUAAAAUAAGUGUCUCAUCAUUUCCACUGCCGAGAUUGGGCAUCCACUCUUUAAUUAUGGGUACAAAAGAAAGGGUUACAAGGAAAAUCUCGGAAUCGGAACUGGAUAAUGAUGGCCCAGAUAAUACGAGUAACAAGAACACAGAUGGAACAAACGACAGUAUUGAUGAAAUCACGAUCGUUUCAGAAGAUGAAAAUGACUUUCAUAGGAUGACUUUGAAUGCUAAGUUAACACAAGAGAAGAUAUGGAGCGAAGAGCCCACAGCGCGUUAUCUUUCGCAGUCUGACGUGAUACCAGACACUGACGUUGUCGUUCUUGAAGAGGGUGACUUGGAUCACAUAUCUGUUUUAGAAAUAAGAAAUGGCGUAGAGAGAUCCAUACAAUUUGAUUCUGAGGCACUUCUGGAUAAUCCUACCAGAAUAUUAGGAUAUCAAGAGGGUAAAAGAACCAUCGAAACCUUUAUCCCAGAAGUCAUCAUCUGUGCUAUAGGAUCAAAAGUUUGUAAAUGCUGGUGUUUGGCCUCAGCUAAUGGUUCCAUAUAUAUAUUAUCGUACAAUGGACAGCAAAAAAUACCAAAGAUCAGCCUGGGCCACAAGGUUAUCAAGAUGGUAACAUCCAGCAAAUACCUUAUUGUUUUAACUGAAAGAGGGUUAUUCUUUGCAUGGAAUUUAUUAGAACUAAAAUCAGUGCUGCGGAAUGUACCCAUUUUGCCAAUCCUGAAUGGUCAACCAACCCAAGGAAACAAAGUGAGAAUCAACAAAGUUAUAAAGCGCUUUCACUUAGACGACUCUAACUGUGAUUUGUUUUUAGAAAUUGAUGAUCCUAAAAGUAUGUAUAAAUGGACCAAAGACCUCGGUUGUUGGUCCCUUUAUAAGUAG